AUGCUAAUACAGAAUAAAACAGAUCUGACUCCCACUUCAUUUAUUCUGAAUGGGAUUCCAGGGCUGGAAGACAUGCACAUCUGGAUUUCCUUCCCAUUCUGCUCCAUGUACGUGGUGGCUAUGGUAGGAAAUUGUGGACUCCUCUACCUCAUCCGCUAUGAGGACGUCCUGCACAGGCCCAUGUACUACUUCUUAGCUAUGCUUUCUUUAACUGACAUUGUCAUGUGCUCUAGUACAAUUCCCAAAGCCCUCUGCAUCUUCUGGUUUCAUCUAAAGGAAAUUAGAUUGAAUGAAUGCCUGGUCCAGAUGUUCUUCGUUCAUACUUUCACAGGGAUGGAAUCCGGGGUGCUCAUGCUGAUGGCGCUGGACCGCUAUGUGGCCAUCUGCUACCCUCUGCGCUACUCUACCAUCCUCACCAAUCCUGUCAUUGCAAAGGUUGGGUUUGUCACCUUUCUGAGAGGUGUGUUACUCAUUAUUCCAUUCACUUUCCUCACCAAGCGCCUGCCCUAUUGUAGAGGCAAUAUUAUUCUUCAUACUUAUUGUGAUCAUAUGUCUGUAGCCAAAUUAUCCUGUGGCAAUGUCAAAGUCAAUGCUAUCUAUGGUUUGAUGGUGGCCCUCCUUAUCGGAGGCUUUGACAUUCUGUGCAUCACUGUCUCCUACACAAUGAUCCUGCGGGCAGUGAUCAACCUGUCCUCAGCAGACGCCCGGCAGAAGGCCUUCAGCACCUGCACUGCCCACAUCUGUGCCAUUGUUUUUUCCUACAGUCCAGCUUUCUUUUCGUUCUUUUCUCAUCGCUUUGGUGGCCACACAAUCCCUCCUUCUUGCCACAUCAUAAUGGCCAAUAUUUACGUGCUUCUGCCUCCCACCAUGAACCCUGUUGUCUAUGGAGUGAAAACCAAGCAAAUACGAGACUGUGUCGUGAGGAUCCUUUCAGGCUCCAAGGAUGGCAAAACCCACAGCAUAUGA